UAAACGUCGACCCACCUAAUUAUUAACUACCCAAUAGAACAAGACAACUGCUCGAUCUGAUAUUUACUCGAUAGUAGGACCCCAUCUGAUCAUCAUGGAACCGAAGCAAACCCAAAAGAUGCAUGAAUUUUAAUUUGCUCUAAACAUAAAAUACAUUCACUUAUGGCCCAAUCUGAAAUAACCAUAAACUUCAUUUCAAAUGACUAACUUAAGUUGUAUCAUAUACUCCUAUAGAACAAAGAUAGUGGGUAGUUAUUUUUUCAGCAGUAUUAUUCCAGUUGCAUACGAAGUGGUGAAACAAAAACCUUGCGAAAGAAACCGCCUAGCAUAGUGAACCAUGUCUAGAUCAGCACUCUCUAGAAAAAACAGUUCUUCAGUUACAACUUACAAGGAGAACCAAAAAACAAUGAGUAAAAUUACCACAAUGAAGCUCUGCACUUUGCUCUAUACAGUCUUUGCUAAUAUCUUUUGUCAAGUAAACUCAACAAGUAAACACCUAAGCAAUGGUAUCAUCAUCAAUGUGAGGAGUUUCAGGAUCCAAGCUGACGGUCGAAACGAUGAUAGCCAGGCCUUCAUUGCAGCUUGGGAGAAAGCAUGUAACUCUGGAGGAAAUGUUACACUUUUGAUACCUAAAGGAACUUAUCUAGUUGGCCCUCUUAAGUUUAGAGGUCCUUGUCAACAAGUAUCAUCUCUUACAGUUCUAAUGAAGGGUUAUUUGAAGGCGACAACCGACUUAUCUGGGUACGAGUUCGGAUCCGGGUGGAUUGAAUUUGCAUGGAUCAAUGGACUAAUCUUAAAGGGAGGUGGGGUUAUUGAUGGGCAAGGUGCAGAAGCUUGGCCUUACAAUGACUGUCCUACUAGUUCUAAUUGUGAUCUUCUUCCAACUAAUUUGAAGUUUGUGGGUAUGAACAGAACAAUUGUUCAUGAUAUUACUUCAUUGAACAGCAAGUUUUUUCAUAUAGCUCUUGUAGAAUGCAGAAAUUUCAAAGGCAGUGCACUUAAGAUUUCUGCACCAGAAGACAGUCCGAAUACAGAUGGUAUCCACCUCGAACGAAGUGCUAAUGUUCAAUUCUCUAGAUUAAGCAUAGGAACUGGUGAUGAUUGCAUUUCAAUUGGCCAAGGAAAUUCUCAAAUCACCAUCACGAAUGUCACUUGUGGACCAGGUCAUGGUAUAAGUGUUGGAAGCUUAGGAAAAUACCCACAUGAGCAAGAUGUAAACGGACUGUUUGUAAGAAAUUGCACUAUUAUUGGGACUUCAAAUGGGAUUAGGAUCAAAACAUGGGCUAAUUCUCCUGGUAAAAGCGCGGCAACUAACAUGAAAUUCGAGAACAUUGUGAUGAAGCAUGUUAGAAAUCCAAUCAUUAUUGAUCAAGCAUAUUGCCCCUUUGAUUCCUGUUCAUCUGAGGCACCAUCAAGAGUUAAAUUGAGCAACAUAUAUUUCAAGAAUAUUAGAGGGACUUCACUAUCUGAAGUUGCAGUAAAACUAUCUUGUAGUAAAGGGAUUCCAUGCAAGAAUAUUUUCCUUCAGAAUGUUCAUUUAAAUUUGACAUCAGGAGAAAGGCUACCAGUUUCGACUUGUGAGAAUGUUCGUGCAAGAUACAUUGGUACCCAGAUGCCUCCUCCAUGUCCUUAAGCUAAUAGACUUGCGCGCAGUAUCAGAUUCAGAUGGGUCGAGCUUGGCUAACUUAGUUAGCUAGCAGAUAGAUAAUUGUGACAUUUUUGUGCUAAUAUUAACAUGUAGUAUUGUUUACUAUGAAAUGAAUGAGAGCUAUCUGCUCUCUUGUUUU